CGAUUUUUUGUAUGCAAUCAAUGUUAUCGGAGGAAUUACAGCUGAUUUAACACAAUAUCGUUUCUAUUUCCAAGUGGUGUAGUAGUCAUCCUUCGGGUUGUUGAAAUUAAAAAGAAAUAUUUAUACUGCCUGGUGAUUUUUGUAAAAAGAACAUAAUAUUUGCGAAUAAAAGAUGGCAACUUUAACUGCAAAUGAAAUCCGCGAUGCUUUUCUGGGCUUCUUCAAAGAAAAGAAUCAUCUAUACGUCCACUCUUCUAGUACAAUACCAUUAGAUGAUCCCACUUUACUCUUCGCUAAUGCUGGUAUGAAUCAGUUCAAACCAAUAUUUUUGGGAACAGCAGAUCCUAAUAGUGAAAUGGCAAAAUGGAUACGUACCACAAAUACUCAGAAGUGUAUACGUGCCGGUGGUAAACACAACGACUUGGAUGAUGUGGGCAAAGACGUUUACCAUCAUACAUUUUUUGAAAUGCUUGGAAAUUGGUCAUUUGGUGACUAUUUUAAAAAAGAAAUCUGCACAUGGGCAUGGGAAUUCUUAACGGAACGCAUGAAACUGCCGAAAGAUCGUUUGUAUGUCACAUAUUUUGGUGGUGAUAAGGCUGCUGGUCUUGAACCGGAUCUUGAAUGCAAACAAAUUUGGUUAGAUCUUGGACUUCGCCCUGAGCAUAUUUUACCAGGCAGUAUGAAAGACAACUUUUGGGAAAUGGGAGAAACUGGACCUUGUGGACCUUGCUCCGAAUUGCAUUUUGAUAGAAUUGGUGGACGUAGUGUACCGGAACUCGUAAAUGUCGAUGACCCAGAUGUUUUAGAAAUCUGGAAUUUGGUGUUUAUACAGUAUAAUCGAGAGUCUGAUGGUAGUCUCAAGCCGUUACCUAAGAAGCAUAUCGAUUGUGGCAUGGGUUUUGAAAGACUGGUGUCGGUGAUACAAAAUAAGCGUUCCAACUACGAUACUGAUUUAUUCAUUCCACUUUUUAAAGCCAUACAAGAGGGUACAGGUGCACCGGAAUAUGCAGGGCGUGUAGGCGCUGAAGAUGUUGAUGGUACAGACAUGGCAUACCGUGUAUUGGCAGAUCACGCCAGAACUAUAACGAUUGCACUCGCUGAUGGUGGCACCCCAGAUAAUACUGGCAGGGGAUACGUGCUUAGACGCAUACUUCGACGUGCUGUAAGGUAUGCCACUGAGAAACUAAAUGCCAAGCCCGGCUUCUUCGCAUCACUAGUUCACACCGUGGUGGAUUUACUGGGUGAUGCAUUCCCGGAGGUGCGAAAAAAUCCUCAGCAGAUAAUUGAUAUUAUUAACGAGGAGGAAGCGCAGUUUUUGAAAACUCUUUCACGCGGUCGUGAUCUUUUCAAUCGUACGGUUGCUAAAUUGGGCAACCAAAAUGUCAUUCCUGGUGAUUUGGCUUGGAAGUUAUAUGACACAUAUGGAUUUCCGGUUGAUUUGACUCAGCUCAUGGCUGAAGAAAAAAAUCUACAAAUCAAUAUGGAAGAGUAUGAACAAGCAAAACAAGCCGCAUACAUUAUGUCACAGGGAAAGAGCACUACCAAGGCUGAUGAAAUCGAUCUGGAUGUACAUGCCAUUUCCGAAUUACAAUCUAAAUCCACACCAAUCACGAAUGAUUCGUUUAAAUACAAAUAUCAAGCUGAAUCCGAAAAUUUGGAUUCACCCUACAAAUUUACUCCCUGCUCUGCUAAAAUACUUGCAUUACGUUUCGAGAACCAGUUUGUAAAUAAGAUUGAAGCUGGCAGUAAAGCAGGCAUAAUUUUAGACCAAACUAAUUUUUAUGCUGAAAGCGGUGGCCAGAUUUUUGACAAAGGAUUAUUUAAUAAACCUAACAAUGUCGACGAUAAAUUCAUUGUUGAAGCUGUUUAUAAUCGUGGCGGUUACAUCUUACAUAUUGGCGUUUCAGAUGGAGAAUUCACCGUAGGUGACGAAAUCGAUCUAAACAUUGAUAUUGAGCGCCGUUGGCUAACCAUGAAGAACCAUUCCGCCACACAUGCUCUGAAUCAUAGCUUGCUUCAAGUUCUGGGUAAAGAGACUGAUCAGAAAGGAUCUUUGGUUGUGCCAGAUAAAUUGCGUUUUGAUUUCAGUAGCAAAUCUGCUAUGACCAUCGAACAGGUAGCAAAGGCUGAACAAUUUACACGAGAUAUUGUCUAUAAAAAUGUGCCUAUAUACGCAAAGGAAACAAAGUUGGCUAAUGCAAAGAAAAUUCGUGGACUUCGCUCUGUUUUCGAUGAAGUCUAUCCAGACCCAGUGCGCGUUAUAUCGUUUGGCGUGCCAGUUGAAGAACUUGAAAGCAAUUUGGAUAGUGAUGCCGGCGAGAAGACAUCAGUCGAAUUUUGCGGCGGUACUCAUUUACAACGUUCCGGCCAUAUGAUGGAAUUCGUAAUUACCAGCGAAGAAGCUAUCGCUAAGGGUAUUCGACGUAUCGUAGCUCUAACGGGUCCCGAAGCCGUUAAAGCUUUAGAGAAAUAUAAUCAACUUCACAAGCAAAUACAAACAUUAAAGACCACAAUUGAAGUUGAUAAAGAUGGCAAGAAUUCAAAGAAUUAUGUGAAACAAAUUGUCGAAUUGACCGAGGAGGUGUCACAAGCCAUUAUACCAUAUGUGAAGAAAGAUGAAAUGCGCAAUCUGCUGAAGCAAUUGAAAAAGGAACUCGAUGAUAAAGAGCGAACAUUGAAGGCAGCUGUUGCUGUAACCAUAAUCGAGAAGACAAAGGAGAUUUGUCAAGAAAACCCAAAUGCCACAUUAUUAGUAAAGCAAUUCGAAGCUUAUAACAAUACUAAAGCACUCGAUGGUGCCUUGAAACAGGUGCGUGCUUUAUGCCCUGAUGCCGCUGCAUUAUUUUUAUCAGUUGACGUUGAUUCAAAGAAAAUCUUUUGUUUGGCCUCUGUGCCAAAGAGCGCUGUGGAAAAGGGACUUAAGGCCAAUGAGUGGGUACAACAGCUGUGUGAGGUUAUUGGUGGCAAAGGUGGCGGUAAGCCCGAAUCUGCUCAAGCUUCUGGCACGAAUUACGAAAAUGUGGAUGAAGUCAUUCGUCUAGCUACAGAAUUCGCAAAAAUCAAAGUUGGUGCUUAAUAACAUUAAAAAGCUAAAAGCAAUUCAUAUUUAAAAUUUGCUACAUUAAAAAUGUCUCAACUAAUUUAUUGAAAAUUUUAAUUUUUGGCCUCUUUUGCAUUUAAUAAAAAUAUGCCUUUUCUAUAUUACAAAUAUAAAAAAUUAAUGUUUUUCUA